GCUAGAAUCUUUGAUUAUCCUCGUGCCACUUCACAUAUCAUUACUCACAUAAACGCAUGGUUUUCGUGUGUUCGGUUCAAGGGCACGCUUCAAGGCUUAUAACUCGAAGAUGGACUCCCGACUUUCGACAUGCCAACUCGAUGGUGAAGAUCGGCAAGAGAUCAAACCGAGGAUGGUGGUGGGAUCACUUCGUGGAGCACCCAGGUUAUGCGCGCAGAGAAGGAGGUAUGCUUCAUCAAACUGAUUCUUUCAAGUUCAGAAGACAUUGCUAACAGUCCCCAGGGUGUUUCAGUCGAUCCAAUUGAUAUAUGGACAGGACUGUCACAUCCCGGUUCAGCACGUCGGCCACUUCAUACUAUUGCCCAACGUCUUCUCUCGAUUUGCCCGAAUUCCGCCUCUUGUAAACGCCUGUUUAGCAUGUUUGGCGCAAUCCUCACAAAAUGGCGCAAUCGGCUCUCAACUGAGACACUCACCCUUCUGGCAGAACUCAAGAUGUAUGUUCACGAAGAGCAUGUACGCAAUGACGUAGUCAAGAAGCGGCUUCAACGCCGGUACUGUGACACCGAGGCCACUGACAAAGCAGAGCCUACUCAAGUAGUUCAUGCAGUUGGUGACGAUCUAUCAGGAGAAAGCAGCGAACGGGAGCCACGCAGCCUCGCUUUCGAGAGGCGAGGGAUAAGUGAUGUUGCAGCAGACCUUAUCCGAGCUGUUCAGGAGGAGGAGAUUUCCGCCACAGAAUCAAUGCACUCAGUCCCCGUUGGUGCUGCCAGUGCCAGUGGUUCAUUCUCCCGCAUUGCUAUCAAUGACUUACUCGACUAUUCUUGUGCGGAGGAAUGGUUGGGAUCUUUUUAUAAAGUCGCUAUUCGAGGUUUAGAUGCUGAGCUUGAGUUGUGCGAGCUUCUUGACUUAGAUGCAGAGGGAAUUGAUGAUCCAGACUUUCCUCAAGUUGAUGAUGUUCUUGACGAGUAGAUUCAGAAAAUGAGCAGUGCUACCAGAUGUUAUAGUAGUAGUAGUAGUCGAGUACUAUCCAUUCUGCGAUCGUUGACGCACCGUGUACUGCGGCACUUUGAACAUUCACUCCUGCUUCGUCGUCCAAUCAGACAUGAUUAUCUAAUAUCCAAGCAGGACAUCUGGCACUGCACGAGUUGA